UUCUCCCACCUGACGACCGUCAAUCAGCUGAGCCUCUUUCGGGUAGGUUCUACAAUGUUGUAGCCAAAGUUUUGAACCCUAGUUCUUCAGUUAGCUAAUAGCUAGUUCGAUGCUUGCAAUAGAGUAGUUUGUCCAGGAAUGGCCAUACUUUUGGCAAACAUAUUUCGACUUUCAAAGUCAGAGGAUUUUAUAAUAAGGCCUGUUAGCAUAGCUAACAGUAUAUUUCUUGCUAGCUAGAUGUAUUUUAGUUGUUAGCAGUCUGUCACAGUUUUCCUACUUUGCUGUGGCGAGAAAUUGAACUAGAUAGUUAGUACAACACAACAUGAUAUGGGCCAACGGGAUAUUGUAUCCUACGAGACGUCGGUGAGAAGAAAAAGCAGAAUUCGAACUGCCUCAACAAUGUGUCGUUUGGAUGUGGACUGUGCCGUGAAAGGACCUGAACAACAUGGAAAUGCCCUCCCUUCGUCAAGGUACAUUGUGGGCCGUGGGGUGAAACGUAAGCUUAGUGACUGUGAGGAUCAGAUGCUGGACCUGCCUUACCCCCAGCAGAGGCAGCUGGUGCUGGACCUGUGCCUGGAUAAACUCCAGAGUUGCCAGCGCCGAGCUGAACCCAGCCUGCACCGCUCAGUGUUGCUGGCUAACACUCUGCGACAGAUUCAACAGGAGAUGAGGCAGGAGGGAGGCCUGCAUCUGGAGUCCCCCCCUUCAGCCCCCGCCACACCGCGCCACUCCCCGGAUCUGCCACCUGUGCCCUCGGACCGUCCCUCCACCCCAGUGGCCGCGCUCUCAUCCUCACUGCUGUGUGACGACGACGCACAGUCAACCUGCACAGAGCUCCCCAAGGGACCGGGGUCGGAGGAUGGCAGCAAGUCACAGGAUCUGCUGUUUGGAUCCUUUGAAAUCACCAACUCCACCAGCUACCUGACGGACCUGCAGCUGGAUGACAUUUUUGAGGACAUUGACACAUCCAUGUACGACCCGUCAGACUUCUCUGUUCUGGCCUGCCCCCCUCCCAGAGGGAGCAGCGGAGCCUCCUUGGGGAAUGACUAUAACCUCAAGGCAUUCUCCACCUCCAGCAGUACUCUGCAGAUGUGUCUCAACGACCUCGACCACAUCAUGGAGAUCCUGGUACGCUCUUGACUGAUUGGCGCCACGUCGUAGUCACAACUACCCAGCAUUUUAUGAGCUGGGGGUGGGAAGAAUGACUUGAUUUUUUUAUGUCUCUAUUUUCAUACAAAGAACUUGUUAUAUUUAUACAAAAAGACUGAUGGAUACCUGCCUGAUACACUUCUACUGUAUGAUAAUGCACAUUUUUGGUGGCCCACUGAGGCCAUCUUUUUUUCUAUAGCAAGAUUAAAUUAAUAUGCAGGGACUUAAAGCAAGAAACACAAGUAUUACCAUUGAGACAUUUAUACGGGAUUGUUAUUCACCAGUGCAUUCUUCGCGGGGGGAGGAAUGACAACCUGUGGAACAAGGUGAAGAAAAGAACAUUGGGGGUGGAUUCCAUUAAGUAUUUCUGGAGCAUUACAAUCAUUUAUCAAGAAUGAAUGAGAUGGGACUUAAUCAAUACUCACUACCUCUCUAAAACUAAGAGCUCUGUCUCACUAUUCAAAGAGAUUCAUGAACUCGCCGCUUCACUCAUUUUGUAUUUCGAUUGGUCUUGUUCCUUUAACAUAGAAAACUGCUGAUUGUCAAUAAUACAGAUUUUUAACACCAGAAAGAAUGCCUUCCUGCCGAUAUGAAUCUCAAAACAUAGCCGAUAAUUCCAUGUUACACUGAUGCCUUGUCCAUCCAUUUUGGUCAUUUUAAUCAGAUGGUAGCGGACAACAUUUACAUUUACAUUUAAGUCAUUUAGCAGACGCUCUUAUCCAGAGCGACUUACAACAAAAGUAUCAGCACUAGAUUUAGAUUAAUAUUUGUUUUGAGGAUAUUGCGUUGAUUACUUGGAAUGGUCCGUGUGUUUUUGUUACACUAGAACAGAAAAUGCAUGCAUUUCAGCAUUUAGUGGUUUGUCUCAUUGAAGAACUGUACAAUUUGAGUACUAUGUAUUCCCCCCCCACUAACAGUUGUAAGAAAGAAAAAUACAGAUGCUGUCAUAUCCCUCUAAAGAACAUAGUGCCUAUAACGGAGGAUGAAGACUGGUGAUGGUGGAACUGCCCACUGUACCCGCACAUGGACACUAGCCUAUGAAAAGGCGACAACCUGUGAGUUAUUUCUCUUAAGUAAUUUAUUUUGGAUGUGAUACUCAGUCCUGAAAAGAAGCCAUUCUGCCAGGUGUUGGCACAUCUGCUUUUAACCCUUCACACUCCCCUCGCCAAAGACUGACACUGCAAAAAAGCAGACCUUUGAUGUCGGUGCCUCACGCUAUGGUCGAGAAUACGGUAUCCUAAUGUUGAGUGAAACUGUCAGCCAUCCGGUAGAAUCCUCACCCAACAUUUGUUCUCUAGGAAUGUUCUCUCGGAAUCGCCUUUUCUCUUACAACAGACUGCGGGGUUGGACUCUACUCCCAAGAAAAUGCAAGUCAUGGAUACAGAUGUAGGAUCUUAAUUUGAUCUCUCUGUUUCAGGAUAACUUUUAUUCUGGGGUUUAAAAAGGCUUCUGAAGUUUAAUUUCCACUUUGGAAUUUCAGAUUUGAUUGUUCCUUAAAAGUAUCAACCCCUACAAAAAUGUCCAUCAAUUAUAAUUCACAUUUCUUGAUGACGCAGGAUUAUUUUGCUGCUGUUGCAAACUGGGAGCAAAUUACGAUCCUACAUGUGUAGGUAGUGAAAGGAGUUGUGUAACCAGUGGGUUACACAACUGAUGGGACAUCCCCACUUACUCUUAGCUCCUUCUGUCUGAGGGUCAUACCUGUGCUGAGGGACUGUCCUGCAUUGCUUCCAGGCUGUUUUCACCCGAGACUGGAGAGAGGGGGAGGGGCAGUAGCUCAUGUGGAGACCCUUGCUUGUGGAAAUGGCUACACAGUUUCACAACAGCUGGUAUGUGUGUGUCUCUGUGUAUGCCAAGCUCUGUCCCCCAAAAGGGGCCCCCUUCUUCUGUCAGCCAAUAAGAAUGCUGAGGGAGGGGCUUUGUUAUCCUGUAUGAAAGUGAAUAACAAAUGUAAGCAGCUAGAUGCAGUUCCUUUUCUCACUGUGGUAUGUGUCCCCUUCCUUGGCUCAUUUCACUGUUUAUAACCCAGGGUUUGCACAAUUUGACAUCUUCUGUUGUCAGUUUGUUCAACACCGUAUAUCCAUCCGUAUCUACAAUUUAUCAUGGAUCAUAUAACCAAAACGGAAGGAUCUUGUCUGCACUGAUCCACAUAUUCUGAAAUAGGCUGAUUUUUAGAUGAGAGAUUGGGGCACAGGCUCCCGGCACUCUGUGGUGAAGCUCUCAAAGUAAACAAGUCCCUGGUGUUGAUGCUCUGCCGUUGACACACACCCCUCCCGUCCUUCCAAAACCCCAGCACGACUGCACACAGACCCCACCCUAAGGACUGACUCGGCCUACCCUGAACAUCAUAACACAUGGUACAAUAAAACCACGGAGGCUUAUUUAUCACACCAUCUACAUUCUUCAGUGGGCCCUCCCCUACUCACUGCUGAGAGCUGUGCAUCGAAUGAGUUGAGAAUUUCUAAGCUUUGUAAGCUUUUUUUUCUUGUACAUAUUUGUAUUUAUACAUUUUCCUGUGUGAUUGUUUAUUUUCAUGACCGCAUUGAGAUAAUAUAUUGCAUUUAUUUAAGUAACUGGUCUGGGGGUUUUGUAGCAGAGUUCAGGACCCAUUUUAUUUUCAUCGAAGAAGUAAUAUUGUGAAAACAUGUCUGUAAAUAUUUGUUGCGGAUCAUGAAGAGAUUGGUAUUUUAGAUGUAACUGGGCCUACCUUUUCGUGUCUACGAUGGGAUUCUAACAAAGUCUAGAUGAAGAUUACUAUGGAUCAGGCAGUUGUAAAACUGGCAGCUUUUCACUGUUUUCAGCCUGCAGAAACUUUGCGAAGUUUAACCAAAAUAUGAAAUUGGCAGUACAUGUACAACCAAUCAAUAUCCCUGGAUUGAGCAAUGGAAUAGGCUAACGUGAUGGCCUGUAAUAUUCUGGCCAGUUAUGUAACUCUGGUUCUUUGAUGUUUUGGAGAUUUUUACCAAACGUGAAAGGACUGCAAUCCCACUUUCACUCGGCAGACUCCUAAACUAACGGUCAGAAUGCUUAAAAUGAAGUGUGGAAAGGAGUAAAUAAAGAUCUGUUAUAGCACAUCUUUAUGUAGUCUAAGUGUUCCAUUGACUUUUUUUUGUGUAUUUUCUGCAGUAUGCAAGGAGUUGCACUCUGUAGGUUGUUGACAAACCAAUGUGAACUAAUACAGUUCUCUUGAUAAAGAACCAUGUCGAAUAUCUUAUUUGUUAGACAGGACUCUUAUUACUGAGAGGUCGACAAACACUUCUUUUGGAAUGGUCUUACUAGAGUUGGAGCAUUACAGAAUGGAUGUGGAGUCUUAUCUCUUACAUAUUUGGGUUUUUUAUCACUUGUGUGAGUGACCCUUCUGGAGUCAAGUUAUUUUCAAAAACGUUCUACUGAAAACCAGAAUGCUUCAGAAUUAUCACUUUUGUCCCAAGUGCAAUAUGAGUGUUUGUUGGUGAUCUAUAUUUAGUAGAAAUGUCUAACAUUUGUUUUUAUACUCUAUGCAAUACUAUAGCAAUUCAGUAAGUGAAUAAAAUGCAAAA